AUGACAAUGCGCGAGGAUGAGGAAUAUCCGGACCAGGUGGAGGAGCGGCUGGUGAACGAGGAGUACAAGAUCUGGAAGAAGAACACGCCGUUCCUGUACGACCUGGUCAUCACGCACGCCCUGGAGUGGCCCUCCCUCACCGUGCAAUGGCUCCCGGGGAAGGAGGUCUCCCCGGACGGCGACUACGUCAAGCAGAGCCUGCUGCUUGGCACGCACACGUGCGACAAUGAGCAGAACUUCUUGAUGCGCGCGGAGGUGUCGCUGCCCACGAUCGACACGGAGACGGACAACCGCGCGUACAACGACGAGGACGGCCAAGUCGGGGGCUUCGGGGCCGCGGAGGGCCGCGUGCAGGUCGUGCAGCAGAUCAACCACGACGGCGAGGUCAACCGCGCGCGCCACAUGCCGCAGGACAAGUUCAAGAUCGCCACCAAGACCCCCUCGUCCGACGUGCUCAUCUUUGACUACUCAAAACACCCCUCCAAGCCCGAAGCCGACGGGAUCUGCCGGCCGGAGAUGCGUCUCAAGGGGCACAAGCAGGAGGGUUACGGUCUGUCGUGGUCGCACCACCGCCCCGGGUACCUCCUGUCCGGGUCCGACGACGCACAGAUCUGUCUGUGGGACAUCAACCGCGGCGCGGGGAAGCCGAACGGCGUGCUGGACGCCAUGUCGAUCUACCAGUGCCACGAGGGCGUCGUGGAGGACGUGGCGUGGCACUCGCAGCACUCGCACCUGUUUGGCAGUGUGGGGGACGACCACCGGCUGGUCAUCUGGGACACGCGGCAGACGCCCGAGCGCGCGGCGAUCAUGACGGUCGACUCCCACUCGGCCGAGGUCAACUGCCUCGCGUUCAACCCCGUGAACGAGUACAUUCUGGUGACGGGCAGCGCCGACCAGCAGCUGGUGCUGCACGACAUCCGCGCGCUGGACCGCAAGCUGCACAUCUUCGAGGGGCACAACGACGAGGUCUUCCAGGUCGGGUGGAUGCCGGGCCACGAGACGAUCAUGGGCUCGUGCGGCGCGGACCGCCGGAUGCUGAUUUGGGACCUGGCACGCAUCGGCGCCGACCAGUCGCCGGAGGACGCCGAGGACGGGCCGCCAGAGCUGCUCUUCAUCCACGGCGGGCACACGAGCAAGAUCAGCGACUUCGCGUGGGACCCCGAGAGCGACUGGGUGGUGUCGUCGGUCUCGGAAGACAACGUGUUGCAGAUUUGGCAGGUGGCGGAGGAGAUCUACGACAACGCCGACGCGAUUCCGGUGGCUGCGGCGGCGCGGGCGGCGGCGGAGAACGCGGCGAAGGCGAGCGAGGAGGCGGCGCGCGAGGCGGUGACGCGGGCGAAGGCGGACGCUGAGACCAAGGGGGCGGCGCAGGCGGAGGGCGCGGCGGGCGGCGGGGAGGGCGCCGGCGGCAGCGGGAACGAGGAGCCGUCCGCGGAGGCGAUGGAGGCCGCGGAGGCGCUCGCGGCGCCGCAGGACGAGGACGAGGAGAUGGCUGGAGACGAGUAG